UCUCAGGCUGGUGUGCGGCUGGGUGUCCAGCACCACGUUUGACUCCCGCUGUCCUGAUGGCCUGGGAGCUGGGUCGGUCCGACCGCUGCUAAUUGACGCAGUGGGCUCCCGGCGACAGCGAGCGUGCUCCGGAGCCGCAGUCCUGCAGGGCUGUGCAGCGGUUAUGGCUGAGGGGACGAGUCAAACUUCCUCAAAGUUCCUGUUUCCCUUCAAGCCUUACUCCAUCCAGGAAGAAUUCAUGACUGCACUGUACAAUGUGCUUGAAGAAGGGAAGAUUGGAAUAUUUGAGAGCCCUACUGGGACGGGGAAGUCACUCAGUCUCAUCUGUGGAGCACUCACUUGGCUCAAAGACUUUGAAGAGAAAAAGAAACGGGAAGCAGCUGAGCUUUUGGAAGAUCGACUUCCACAGCAGAGGCAGUCUCAAGAUCUCCAGGCUUCCACCAAGAAGUUGGAAGCCAAGGCCUUGGAGGGUGAAUUGGACUGGAUUACCGAAUUUGUGCAGAAGAAGGCUGAACGUGACCUAGUUGAUAAAUUAAAGGAUGAAGAAUUAAGAAGAAAGAAAAGAGAGGAACGAUUGGAGCAAAUGCGUAACAAUGUGCAGCAUAAAUAUGCCUUAAAACGCAAGAGGGAUGCUGAUGACACUGAACACCUCAUUCAGAUGAGUAAAGAAAUGAUGACUUCUGAACAGGCAUCCAACACUGAUGCUCUGGACAAAGAGGACGAGGGCUUCAUUCUGGCAGAUUAUGAGAGCGACGAUGAAAAAAAAUCUAAGGAUCCAGGCCUGUCUGACGAGGAUGACUUGGAGGAAGAACAUGUGACUAAGAUCUAUUACUGCAGUCGCACACAUUCCCAACUCACUCAGUUCAUACACGAAGUUAAGAAAAGUCCUUUUGGUAAAGAGACUAGGCUUGUGUCACUUGGGUCUCGACAGAACCUGUGUGUAAAUGAGGAGGUGAGAUCUCUGAAGUCAGUCCAGUUGAUCAAUGAUCGAUGCUUGGAAAUGCAGAAGAACAAACGUGCUGACAGAAAAGGCAGCGAAGAUGCACAGGAGGCCCCAAAACGGAAGCGCAAGAGCCGAGUGACCUGCCCAUUCUAUAGCCACGAGCAGAUGCAGUUCCUGCGUGAUGAGGUGCUGGUGGAGGUGAAGGACAUAGAACAGUUGGUGUCUCUGGGAAAGGAGAUGAAAGCGUGCCCAUAUUAUGCCAGCCGCUAUGCAAUUCCACCAGCACAGUUGGUGGUGAUGCCCUACCAAACGCUGCUUCACAGCUCGACCAGGCAGGCAUCUGGCAUUAAACUGAAGGGACAGGUACUGGUGAUUGAUGAAGCACAUAACUUGAUUGAUACCAUCACUGCCAUUCACAGCUACAAGGUGACUGGGUCACAGUUGUGCUGUGCUCAUUCCCAACUCUCUCAGUACCUGGAGCGUUACAGAAGCAGACUGAAAGCUAAAAACUUGAUGUACAUCAAGCAGAUCCUUUAUAUCCUUGUUAAUCUACUUCAGGUUUUAGGAGGUAAAGUUGGACAAAAUCCUAACAUGCAGAAGAUUAGUCAGGAAGGCACUGAGCUACGAUCUAUCAAUGAUUUUCUUUUUCGUGCUCAGUUUGACAACAUCAACCUCUUCAAAGUACAGCGUUACUAUACAAAGAGUAUGCUCAGUCAAAAGCUGUUCGGGUUUGUAGAGAAGUACCAGGAUUCAGCUUUAAAACCAGUCAAUGCACAAAAUCAGACAGCUGCUCUUGCGAAUUUUCUUCAGAGUCUUAAUGAGAAAUCCAGUGGUCAAGUUAAACUUCAUGAGCAGGAGGAGUCCCUGGAGAAGGAGCAGCCUCUCAUGGCAUCACCAAUGAUGCACAUUGAAGGGUUUCUCUUUGCUCUUACCAGCACCAACAAGGAUGGACGAGUCGUCAUUCAGAAACAAGGUACGGUAUCUCAGAGCAGCCUGAAGUUCCUGCUGCUGAACCCAGCCGUCCACUUUGCUGAGAUAGUGAAGGAGAGUCGAGCAGUGGUCAUCGCUGGAGGCACAAUGCAACCGGUGGCAGAAUUCAAAGACCAGCUCCUGUUCACUUCGGGUGUGUCUGCAGACAGACUGGUGGAAUUUUCCUGUGGUCAUGUAAUUCCACCAGAAAAUAUUUUGCCCAUCAUCCUCUGUAGUGGUCCAUCAGGGCAGCAGCUUGAAUUCACCUUUCAGAAGAGGGACAAACCACAACUGCUGGAUGAAUGCGGUCGGGUGCUAGUCAAUUUAUGUAAGGUGGUCCCAGGUGGUAUUGUAUGCUUCUUUCCAUCAUACGAGUAUGAAAAUCUUGUGUACAAACACUGGGAAAAGACUGGUCUGUUGGUGCAAUUAGAAGCCAAAAAGAAGAUUUUCCAGGAGCCCAGAAAAGCCAGUAUGGUGGAGCAUGUGCUUUUUGAGUACUCCAGGUGUAUCCAGCACUCAAAGCAAACAGCAGGCCCAAUCACAGGGGCUCUACUGCUCUCUGUCGUUGGGGGAAAGAUGAGCGAAGGCAUCAACUUUUCCGAUGAUCUCGGCAGGUGUGUGGUAAUGGUUGGAAUGCCAUUUCCCAAUGUGAACUCACCAGAGCUGCAAGAAAGGAUGGCGUACCUGGAUAAGACCAUGACAAAAAGUGAUGGGAAGAGUCCAGGAAAAGUAUUAUUGGAAAACCUGUGCAUGAAAGCUGUCAACCAGUCCAUAGGGCGAGCGAUCCGCCAUCGUGAGGACUAUGCUAAUAUUAUGCUCUUGGAUCAUCGCUAUACCCAACCGAGAAUUCUUAGCAAGUUGCCAGGUUGGAUCAGAGGGCGAACACGGACUGAAGUUUCAUUUGGACCUGCCCUUGGAGCUAUUGGAAAGUUUUUCAGGAAUAGGAAGUCCCUUGGAGAUGCUAUGUGAAUGGCAGGACCGUCACUGGAAAGGGAGAUGCUUGUGUUAACUACAACUGAUUCAUCCUACUUGGCUAGUUACAUAUCCCUUCCCCAGUUGUAUGACAGUUAUACAAAAUUGAUUCUUAUCCUUUCCAUUUUGCUUGUCACUUUUCUUCAGUUAUUUGAUAGGUAUUACGUGCUUUUAAGCACUUGUGAAUUAAAUAUUUAUAUUCUCUUUUGCUGAAACAAAUCAUGUAAUAAAUAAUUUAAAGAUUGCCUGUGUUCCAGAACCUGCUGUACUUUGAGCCAAGCUGCUUCAGUAUUGUUACAACAUUGGCAUAUACACAUCAAUGUGGAGAGCCUCUGAUCUACACCUCAUCUGCAAAAGGACAUAAAUCAACCCGGCUAAUUACAUUCAAAGAGAUGGAAAUAGUCAUUGACAAUGCCUGCAAGUGAUAUUUGUGUUUUAGAACAGUACUGACCCUUUGGCCCACAAUAUGCUAACCCUUUCCUCCCAUAUAACCCUCCAUUUUUUUAAUAAUUUGUGUGCCUAUAAAUCCUCCUAAAUGUGACUAAUGGAUCUGCAUUUUCCCCCGCCCCUGACAACACGUACCACUAUAUAUGUGGGGUAAGGGAACUUGCCUCUGACAUCUCAUAAAAUUAUGCCCCCUUGGUUUAGCCAUUUCCACCAUGGAAAAAUGUCUCUGGCUGUCCAGGGUGUCAUUGUGAAGUUAUAUUGCCACAGGGCAGAGUUGUAUGGUGAGGCCGGUUUAUCUGUGAUGUUUAUCUUAAUGAUGUUGAGUACCUAAUUUCAUUUACUUCAGUGAAUAAGCUUAUGAUAGCUUCAGACUUGCCCUCUGAACAUGUGCAGACAAAAAACGUAUCCACUUUUUGCAGCAAGAGCACAGGUUUGGGUGACCUUGGUUCUGGAAUGUUAUGCACUUGAACAGAAAAUCAAGAAGUAGUGGAUAUGGCCCAGUCCAUCACGGGUAAAGCCCUCCCCACUAUCGAGCACAUCUAAACGGAGUGUUGUCCAUCAUCAGGGACCCCUCCACCCAGCUCGUGCUCUUCUCGCUACAGCCAUCAGGAAGAAGGUACUGGAACCUCAGGACUUGCACCACCAGGUUCAGGAAUGGUUACUACCCUCAACCAUCAGGCUCUUUAACCACCGUGGGUAACUUAAUUUGCCUCAUCACUGAAACAUUCCCACAACCAAUGGGCUCAUUUUGAAGGACCCUAUCUCAUGUUAUUAAUAUUUAUUGCUUAUUUAUUAUUAUUUCAUUCUUUCUGUAUUUUCAGUUUCUUGUCCUUUGCACACUGGUUGUAGCCCAGUUGGGGUGGUUUGUCAAUGAUUCUGUUAUGGUUAUUAUUCAUUAUGGAUUUAUUGAGUAUGCUCACAAGAAAAUGAAUCUCAGGGUUGUAUAUAGUGACAUAUAUGUACUUUGAUAAUAAAUUUAUUUUAACUAUUGCA